CGCCAGACAGGUCAGCUCAGUUACUGCGUCCCGAGUAGAAAGACGUAGCCAGCUAACAGCUAGCAAACAUCCCCUUUAUUUAGAAGAAGGAAUACUCUCCUUCGACAUAAGUAUACCAAACAUUAGAAGAACCGUGUCCGCGAUAAAAUGAAGAGGCGGAUACACUUAAGUUUUGUGCUGGUUUACUCGCUAGUCUCGUAUGUCUGUUUGUGCUCGGCGUUUUAUCUUCCGGGUUUAGCACCAGUGAGUUUUUGUGAAGACGGCAAAGGCAGUGAAGAUUGCCAGACAGUGAUUCAACUGUUCGUCAAUCGCUUGGACUCAGUGGAGUCAGUCCUGCCUUACGAGUAUGAUGUAUUUGACUUUUGCAAAGAUGCCAAGGAAAUGAGGCCUUCAGAGAACCUUGGACAGGUGCUGUUUGGUGAGCGAAUUGAGUCUUCACCAUACAAGGUCAACUUCAAACAAGAUGUUAAAUGCAGCACGGUGUGCACCAAAACGUACAAGAAAGGCAGUCAGGAGGAUGCAACCAAACUGGAUUUUCUGAAGAUGGGAAUGCAGCUGAACUACCAGCACCACUGGAUCAUAGACAACAUGCCAGUGACGUGGUGCUAUGAUGUUGAAGAUGGCCAGAAGUACUGCAACCCAGGUUUCCCCAUUGGCUGCCUCGUCACCGCAGAUGGCCGAGCUAAAGAUGCUUGUGUUAUCAAUUCUGAGUUCAACAAAAAGAACACAUUUUAUGUCUUCAACCACGUGGACAUCAAGAUCACUUACCACAGUGGAACAUCAGAAGGAUGGAGAGGAGCUCGACUUGUCGCCGCCACUCUGGAGCCAAAGAGUAUCAAACAGGCAGAUGAAAAAAACCCAAGCUGUGACGGAGGCAGCCCAAUGGAGGUUCCUGGAGAGUUUGAUAGUGAUGUGUCGAUAGUUUACACCUACUCAGUUGCAUUUGAUGAAAACAAUUCUAUCAAGUGGGCCUCCAGGUGGGACUACAUCCUGGUCUCCAUGCCUCACACCAACAUCCAGUGGUUUAGCAUCAUGAACUCCUUGGUCAUCGUCCUCUUCCUGUCUGGCAUGGUCGCCAUGAUCAUGCUGAGAACUCUGCACAAGGACAUUGCAAGAUACAACCAGGUGGACCAGGCAGACUUGAUAAAGCUUCCAGCGUCCAAGGAAAAAUCCUCUGUAAACUACGAGGACGCACAGGAGGAGUCAGGGUGGAAGCAGGUGCACGGGGAUGUUUUCCGUCCCCCCAGGAAAGGCAUGCUGCUGUCUGUGUUCCUCGGACAGGGCACCCAGAUCUUCAUCAUGACCUUCAUCACUCUCUUCCUGGCCUGUCUGGGUUUCCUGUCACCCGCCAACAGAGGGGCUCUCAUGACAUGUGCUGUGGUACUAUGGGUUCUGCUGGGCCCGCCUCCUGGCUACGUGUCUGCACGCCUUUACAAAACUUUUGGAGGCGAAAAGUGGAAGACAAACGUCCUGCUGACAGCACUCUUGUGCCCAGGUAUUGUGUUUGCAGACUUUUUCCUGAUGAACCUGAUCCUUUGGGUGGAGGGCUCCUCAGCAGCAAUCCCCUUUGGCACUCUGGUGGCCAUUUUGGCUCUGUGGUUUGGAAUCUCCGUGCCCCUCACCUUCGUUGGUGCCUACUUUGGAUUCAAGAAACCUGCAAUUGAACAACCAGUGCGAACAAACCAAAUCCCCCGUCAAAUCCCUGAGCAGUCAUUCUUUACGAAGCCUAUCCCUGGUAUCGUAAUGGGCGGCAUCCUGCCCUUCGGCUGCAUCUUCAUACAGCUUUUCUUUAUUCUCAACAGCAUUUGGUCUCAUCAGAUGUACUACAUGUUUGGAUUCCUGUUUCUGGUUUUCAUUAUUCUACUCAUCACAUGCUCCGAGGCCACAAUCCUGCUCUGCUACUUCCACCUGUGUGCUGAGGACUACCAUUGGUGGUGGCGUUCCUUCCUGACCAGCGGUUUCACAGCGGUCUAUCUAUUCAUCUACGCCGUGCAUUACUUCUUCUCAAAGCUGCAAAUAAUCGGAGCUGCCAGCACCAUCCUCUACUUUGGAUACACCAUGAUUAUGGUCCUUAUCUUCUUCCUCUUCACAGGUACAAUUGGCUUCUUCGCCUGCUUCUGGUUUGUAAAUAAGAUCUACAGUGUGGUCAAGGUGGACUAGAGGACUGAGGGAAAGACUGACUCCUUCCUGUCGCAGCGCUGGCCUCACGGUGCUGGCCGCGCGAUAAAGUGGUCUGAAUGGCCCUGAACUGAAACCAUCACUUAUCAUAGAAAAGACCCGAAGAGCAGAGCCCGUCCUCUUUUGUGCUUUAAACCUAUGUUGCUAUUGUUUUGUUUUCUUUUUUUAAAAAAUAUAUAUAAUUUU